GAAGGGGGGGAGGAGAAGGAGGAGAAGCAGCGACGACUGCCUGACCCCGGGAGGAGCAACUUCCGCUUCCGGUGCGCGGCCCCCCCACCCCCUCUGUGACGUCACAGGAGCCCAGCGACACCCGGGGUCAGAGCGGCCUCAGAGGAAAAUUGUUUGGAUCAUUUCCAGAGUAUUUUUUAAAAAAACAAUGGGUGACACAAAGGAAGCUUGUGUUACUGAACCACAGAGAACAGAACAGCGAAGUGAUUGCACUUUAAGAGAGAAAAUGGUGACUGUAACACCUUACAGGCCAGAAGCGACUUUUCAAACAAUAGGACACAGUGCGAGAAUCCUGGACCCUGAGGAGGCAGAAAAACUAGAAAAAGACCGGAAUCUCGUGUCUGAUUUUAAGCAAGAAAAACUGGAAAGAGAAGCGCAGAAGAAUUGGGACUUAUUUUAUAAGAGAAACAGUACCAAUUUUUUCAAAGACAGGCAUUGGACAACUAGGGAAUUUGAAGAGUUGAAAGCAUGUAGAGAAUUUCCAGCUCAAAAACUGAUCGUCUUGGAAGCUGGCUGUGGAGUGGGAAACUGUUUAUUUCCUCUCCUGGAAGAAGAUUUGAAUAUAUUUAGUUAUGCUUGUGAUUUCUCCCCCCGAGCUGUAGAAUUCGUCAAGCAAAACCCUUUAUACAACCCUGAGCGGUGCAAUGCCUUCCAGUGUGACCUGACGAAAGAUAACCUCCUGGAGAACGUGCCAGCAGACUCGGUGGACGCUGUAACAUUGAUCUUUGUUCUCUCUGCCAUUCACCCAGACAAGAUGCAGCUGGUCUUAGAAAAUAUUUAUAAAGUAUUGAAACCAGGUGGAUGCCUACUAUUCCGAGACUAUGGACUGUAUGACCACACCAUGCUCCGUUUUAAAACCGGUCACAAACUUGGAUCAAAUUUUUAUGUUCGGCAAGAUGGAACCCGGUCUUUCUUCUUUUCCGAUGAAUAUGUGUGUCGGCUCUUGACGGCUGCAGGAUAUGAAUUGCUGGUCAAUGAAUAUGUACAGCGUGAAACUAUUAAUAAGAAAGAAGGUCUCUGUGUGCCAAGGGUGUUUCUGCAGUGCAAAUGUAAAAAGCCAAAGUGAGAAAUGUAGGACAUGUUGAAACACAAGGAUUCUUUUUACGAGUCUAAGAUGUUAGACAAGUAGUGAUCUGAGGUGAACCUCAGGACUUACAAUGGCCACUGGGCAUGUAAGGAGAAUGGAAUGAAGCAUCGUGAUGGUGAGAAGUUGGUUUGAUUUCCCAACACCUCCAAGACAGUGAGUUCCUGGCUGUGUUCUGCUCCUUAUAUGAACAUGAUUGUGUGCACAUUGCCAAAUUGAAAUACUUCCCACUCUCUGGAACUAUAUUGUUUUUAUAAAAUGUAAAGUUACAGAUG